GCCGCACAUCGAUGCGGCCAGCAGCGCCGAUCGCCCAUCCCCCGCUUCUCCGCCGGACGGCGCGCCCUCGCCGCCAAGGUCCUAUAAGGAAGCCUUGCUCUCUCCUGCUGCUCCUCAACCCUCCCGUCGCCGGUUCCUUGCCUUCCUCCCCUCGCCUGUGAAGCCCCUGUGCCACAAGUGCUACUCCCCUGACCAUCUCGUCCGCGACUGCCGCGACCCAGUGCGCUGCCGUGACUGCGGGCGCUCCGGCCACACCAGCUCAGGAUGCUUUCCGACGUUCUCCUUUGCUCCCCGGCCCGCUCCCGUUCGACCUCCCCCGGCUCCCCCCGGCCCGUGCUCCUCCGCGCGAGGACUGGAUGGGCCGGUACUACCGGGAGGUUGAGGCGAAGCGCACUCGCCCCUUCUCGGUGCGCCCUCCCACGCCGUUCCCUCGGGGGGCGCCGUCUUCGUGCGGGUCCUCCUCCUCCGCCAGCCCGCCGACUGCCGCGGCGGCUUCGGAGCAGCAGCCACCCCUCCCCCCUUCGCCUCCUGCUCGGGAUGCGGCUGGCCACCAUCGCCCGGAGUACGUGGAGGUCUUCAUGCCCCUGGUGGUGGACAUGGCGCACUCGCGCCGUUUUGCCUAUGCUCUCAUCGACCCGGCGUCCCCCAGCCCCGGCGACCUCCUCCGCCGGGCUCUCGAGCUGCACGCCGGUGACCCCUCCGUGCGCCUCGCCGCCUCCCACUACGGCGCCAUGAUGGUCGUCUUCUCCUCGGAGGGGGCGCGGGAGCACGCCAUGCGGCACUUCCCCCUCCCGUUCGAGGGGCACGUCAUCACCCUGGAGCGCCCGGAGACCGGAGAGAACCGGUUCGGCUGGGAGUACACCUGCUUUGCACAGCUCUCCGCCACCGGCUUCCCCCUCAAGCACUGGCAUGAAGGGGGCAUCCGUGACGCCUUCCGCUCCAUCGGCAACGUCUGCUGCAUCGACCCUCUCUGCCUCAACGAUCUCGACUUCUCCGCCGUCCGGCUUGUCAUCCGUCUCGAGCACGAGGACGACGUCCCCCACGCCCUCCUCGUCCGCAACUUCGAUGGUGACCUCUCGACGGAGGUCCGCAUCCGCCGCGUCCGCUUCUGGUCCAUCACCGAAGAUGGCUCCUCCGUCUCCUCCUUCCACUUCGAGGGGGAGGGGAGCUCCCCUCGCUCGCCGCCCCGUGGGCCUCGAUCCUCCGGGAUGGACGACAUCGACACGCUCAGUCUGUGCGGCUUCGACUCCCUCUCCAUCGAGCCCCGCCCAGCUACGCCUGCCCCCCUCGACGACUUCCCCGGCGCGCCGCAGAGCGCGGCCAUGGCUGCUUUUCACCGCACUCUGGGUCGCCGCAUGGCGGGGUUGCUCUCCGAGCCCUUCCCGCCACGCUGGUGCGCCCUCUUCCCUCCCGCGACACCUCUGCUCCAGGAGGAUGGCAGCGACUCCACCACCACUGUCCCCUCCUCCGAUGGCGGCCAGGCCAUGCUGCUUCCCCCCCCGGUUAUGCUCCCGUCCGAGCUGGCGGACGAGGACCAUGAGCAUGCCGCCAUGAAGCGGCGUGGCCGCCGCAAGCGCGCGGUGGACGUCGACCACACCGGACGCCGUAGCUCCCGCCUUGCCGGGAAGGAGCCGUCGGGGUACGUCAAGAUGCUUGACCGGGCCAAGGCGGCGAAGGCGGCGCGCUUCGACUCCUCCAAGGGCUCCCCCCGCCUCCGUGCUUCCGUGAGAGCUGCCGGCAUUGGUGUCGACGACGGCGCGCCGGCCCCUCUCUCUCUCCGCCAGCUCCGGGCUCUUCGGGAGCCGUGUGGCGUCGACCUGGACGCGCUGGCUGCUGGGGCUCACGCUGAGAUGGCUUAUGGUGCCCCAUGAUCCGCCCUCCCCUUGUAAGGCCCCAUGUGGCCGAAGCUUGUUCCCCCCCGACUCCUUCCUUCCUCUCCUCUAGAUCGCCAGGAGUGGUUCGGUGCUCCUGUCCGUGGGCCUUGCAUGGCUGCCGGAGCAUCUUAUCUUUUUGCCUUUUCUCUUUUCCCCCCGUGGGGUGUGUAAUGGCCUUAGGCCCGUUUGUGCCUCUCAUCACUUCUGGUGUUUUUUACC